AGCAAUUGGGGAGCUUGCCUCGCCUCGCCUCUCCAAGACGCAGGAGGGCGUUCCGUUGGAAACGUCUUGCGCUUCGUCCCUGGACCCAACACCCGACGCUACCAAUCCCAUAGAUGCCGUGUAAACAUCGGGGACGAAGUUGAGAAGCCCCGCACCGGAGACCACUGAUAUGGAAACGUUGGUUUUAUUGAGCACCCUCAUCUUGUGCUGCUGCCCAUUCGGAUUUGCGCAAGAGGACGAACUUAAAUUCGAGGAUGAUAUUAUUUUUAGUGAUUUGAAUUUAGAUUUGAAUGUUGCGCCGCGCAGGGUACGUCGACAGGUGAAGACCAUGCUGACAAAGGAGACUAAGCCGCAUAUGACUGAACUGUCGGUAAAGACCACUAUCAUCUCCCGGUACGCGUUUACGGCCGUGUACUGCAAGAUGUUCAACAGGCAUUCCUCUGCUGCAGAGGGAACGUUUCAUUUCCAGAUCCCUGCGGCCGCCUACGUCUCCAACUUCACCAUGAUGGUUGGGGGCCGGGUGUUCCCCAGCCAGAUCAAGCCCCGGGAGAAGAAGGCCAAGCAGGGGAAGAACGCCGAGAAAGAGCCCCCCACGGCCAAGCCCAAGAACACGGCCUCCAACAACCAGAGUGAGGGUGACAUGGAAACCUUUAAGAUGGCGGUCAAGAUUCCUGGUCGUAACUUCGCCGUGUUCAUGCUCACCUACGAGGAGCUGUUGCAAAGGCGGUUGGGCUACUACGAGCACGUUACCAGCGUGCGGCCGCUACAACUGGUCAGCCGCCUGACCGUGGAGGUCACCAUUGUGGAGCACUCGCCCGUCACACACCUGGAGGUGCUUCCCCUUCGCAACGGCAAAACCUCCAGCGGUAAUGCAGAUGCUAAGGCCGCACUGCCUAUUUCCACUGUGGUCCAGCGGAACAACAGCUUCUGCAGGGUCAAGUUCAACCCCAGCAUUGUCCAACAGGCUCGCCUGACCACCACGGGCAUUCUGGGAGAUUUUGUGGUGCGUUAUGAUGUGGAGAGAGAGAUGGGCAUCGGAGACAUCCAGGUGCUGGAUGGGUAUUUUGUUCACUACUUCGCUCCCAGGGAUCUCCCUGUGGUGCCCAAGAACGUGGUGUUUGUCAUCGACACCAGCGCCUCCAUGCUCGGAACCAAGAUGAGACAGACUAAGGAGGCCCUGUUCACCAUCCUUAACCUGGGGGGCCGAAUGGAGCUUUCUCCCACCUCCAGCAUCGCGGUGUGGCAGCCUGGCAAGCUGGUGCCCGUCACGCCUCUGAACGUGCGCGACGCCAAGAAGUUCAUCUACAUGAUCACACCCACAGGAGGAACUGACAUCAACAGUGCCUUUCAAUCAGGCUCCUCCCUGCUCAACGGCUUCCUGUCCAGCCCCGAGGCGGCGUCCAAUCACAACUCGGUGUCUCUGAUCAUCUUCCUGACGGACGGGCGUCCCACGUCGGGCGAGCUGCAGACGGCAAGCAUCCUGGCGAACGCGCAGCGGGCAGUGGAUGAGCGCUUCUGCGUCUUCACCAUCGGCAUGGGCGACGACGUGGACUACCGGCUGCUGGACCGCAUGGCGCUGGAGAACUGCGGAAUGAUGCGGAGGAUCCCCGAGGAGGCCGACGCACGCUCGCUCCUCAAGGGGUUCUAUGAUGAGAUUGGCACGCCGCUGCUGUCGGACAUCCACGUGGAGUACUCGGAGGACCAGGUGGAGUACGUCACGCAGCACCUCUUCACCAACUACUUCAACGGCUCCGAGAUCGUCAUCGCCGGCAAGCUGACCAACCGCAGCGCAGACACGCUGCACGUGCAGGUCACCGCCAGCAACAGCGACCGCAGCAUCGUCAUGGAGAAGGACGUGCCGCUACGGCAACGCGAGCUGGAGACGGAGCGGCGCAUGAAGGCUGCCGGGCUGCUGACUGGAGCGGGCCUAGACGCAGUCAGAGGUAUAGCCACGAGCACAGGAACAGUCACUACAACCAGCAGGCCCUCUGGUGCCGACUCAAACAGAGGAACUCAGACAGACGCGAAUGCAAACGCAAACGCCAAACCAGGUGCAAACGCCAAACCAGGUGCAAACGCCAAACCAGGUGCAAACGCCAAACCAGGUGCAAACGCCAAACCAGGUGCAAACGCCAAACCAGGUGCAAACGCCAAACCGGACGCGAAAGCAGACGCAAACGCAAACAAACCAGGUGCAAACGCCAAACCAGGUGCAAACGCCAAACCAGGUGCAACGCCAAACCAGGUGCAAACGCCAAACCAGGUGCAAACGCCAAACCAGGUGCAAACGCCAAACCAGGUGCAAACGCCAAACCAGGUGCAAACGCCAAACCAGGUGCAAACGCCAAACCAGGUGCAAACGCCAAACCAGGUGCAAACGCCAAACCAGGUGCAAACGCCAAACCAGGUGCAAACGCCAAACCAGGUGCAAACGCCAAACCAGGUGCAAACGCCAAACCAGGUGCAAACGCCAAACCAGGUGCAAACGCCAAACCAGGUGCAAACGCCAAACCAGGUGCAAACGCCAAACCAGGUGCAAACGCCAAACCAGGUGCAAACGCCAAACCAGGUGCAAACGCCAAACCAGGUGCAAACGCCAAACCAGGUGCAAACGCCAAACCAGGUGCAAACGCCAAACCAGGUGCAAACGCCAAACCAGGUGCAAACGCCAAACCAGGUGCAAACGCCAAACCAGGUGCAAACGCCAAACCAGGUGCAAACGCCAAACCAGGUGCAAACGCCAAACCAGGUGCAAACGCCAAACCAGGUGCAAACGCCAAACCAGGUGCAAACGCCAAACCAGGUGCAAACGCCAAACCAGGUGCAAACGCCAAACCAGGUGCAAACGCCAAACCAGGUGCAAACGCCAAACCAGGUGCAAACGCCAAACCAGGUGCAAACGCCAAACCAGGUGCAAACGCCAAACCAGGUGCAAACGCCAAACCAGGUGCAAACGCCAAACCAGGUGCAAACGCCAAACCAGGUGCAAACGCCAAACCAGGUGCAAACGCCAAACCAGGUGCAAACGCCAAACCAGGUGCAAACGCCAAACCAGGUGCAAACGCCAAACCAGGUGCAAACGCCAAACCAGGUGCAAACGCCAAACCAGGUGCAAACGCCAAACCAGGUGCAAACGCCAAACCAGGUGCAAACGCCAAACCAGGUGCAAACGCCAAACCAGGUGCAAACGCCAAACCAGGUGCAAACGCCAAACCAGGUGCAAACGCCAAACCAGGUGCAAACGCCAAACCAGGUGCAAACGCCAAACCAGGUGCAAACGCCAAACCAGGUGCAAACGCCAAACCAGGUGCAAACGCCAAACCAGGUGCAAACGCCAAACCAGGUGCAAACGCCAAACCAGGUGCAAACGCCAAACCAGGUGCAAACGCCAAACCAGGUGCAAACGCCAAACCAGGUGCAAACGCCAAACCAGGUGCAAACGCCAAACCAGGUGCAAACGCCAAACCAGGUGCAAACGCCAAACCAGGUGCAAACGCCAAACCAGGUGUUGCAAAUCUCCAAAACAUCCGCUGACGGUGAUCCUCACUUUGUGGUGGAGUUUCCUCUGAGCAAACUGACCGUGUGUUUCAACAUUAACGGAGAGCCCGGCCACGUCCUGCGCCUUGUCACAGACCACGCUCAGUCUGGCGUAACGGUUAACGGUAAGCUGAUUGGAGCACCGCCCCCUCCUGGUAGCCACAAGCAACUGCGGACAUACUUCAGCACCAUCACUAUCGUGGCUGACAAGCCCCGUCGCUCCUACAUCGAGGUGACCCCCAAGAAGGUCAUCCUGGACGGCCGUGACCGCAUGGUGCUGCCCUGCGACAAGAGCGUCUCCGUGAAGUCAGGCGACCUGGCCGUCGUCAUAGUGGCCAGCGCAAACGUCACGGUGACCAUCAGGGGGACGAUCGGAUUCGUCAUCCUGCUGCAUCAGUACAAAAACCCCGCCCCCUACCAGAGGGACCACCUGGGCUUCUACAUCGGCAACAGCAAGGGGCUCAGCAAGGACACGCACGGCCUCCUGGGUCAAUUCCUGAAUGAGGAGGUAGGACUAGUUGAGCUAAGCGCUAACGCCACUAACGGCACUAACGUCGCCACAGGGCAGCCGACAGCAGGGGGCGCCACUCAGUCCACUCCUCUGCCGCCGCGCACCGCCCUAAAGGUCAAAGGUCGCAAGGUGCCCGUGGUGAAGAAGUCCCGGCGCAUCUACAGCGGCCGGCAGACGGUGGACUGCUGGUUCGCGCGCAACAACGCCGCCAAGCUGAUCGACGGCGACUACGGCAACUAUGUGGUGUCACACAUGUUCGACACGGGCAGCUGGCCACACGCUUUCAUCUCCAACACAGACUGAGGCGCCCGGCGGCCGAGAGGGACGCUACGAGCCCAAACGUCAUGCCAGAAGCACGUGGACGCUAGGGAGCAGAACACAAACUCGGUGCCAUCGGAACCCACACUCACUAUUACAUUCCCCUAUAAACCUGUGGCCCAGCACAACGAGAGAUUAUGGACUAUACACAAUACAGCACAACCUAACCACACUGCACUAUGCACAUACUGUAGCACACCUUACACUACAAAUCUUACACACCUUAC